AUCAUGAGCUCGGCCCACAAGGAGGGUGGCCGAAUAUAUUUCCAGUUCAUGCGCGCUGGAAGUGAAUGUCAUCCCGACUCAACACCUCAGAUCGCUUGAUGGGAGCCUAUUUAGGCCUCCCCGUCUGUCCGCGAUGCAGCGGAACACUCUAUGGUCCCCGCCUCGCUUGUCGAACUUGGCUACCUUGACGGAGCUCCUGGACUCAAUGAACGCAUAAACGAUGUCGAAUUGCACGGCAUUGCGACAUUCGAUGCUAAGGAAGCCGGAUUCGACGGUGUCGAAUGCAGGUCUCAGAGGGUUUCAUACGCGUUGUUUCACAAGCCCAGCUUUUAUUCGUCUUCACAUCCAACCACUGUCCACCUGAUCCCAAUUCCUUGAUCCCAAUAUCAACGUUGACCGAGUCCACCAACAAGCCUGGGGAGACAGCACGGAUGAGAGCUGAGCCCGAAUCCUUAUGAAGAUCUUUGAAAUCGCAUGCGAGCUUCGGGGGCCAACGGUCGGGUCCAAAGCGACUCUGGCGGCGGGACAGUGACGUGGGCGCCGUCGUGGAAAGCGCUACAUCAACCGUGGCCUAUCUUCCUUCGAGAGUCAACUAGUUCGGGAACUGAUGUCGUCCGCGAGUUGCAGUAUCGCGCCCUCCUCGAACUUCUCAGCUGGGGACCGAUCUAAUCGCCGUUUCUCGAGGGGGCACCGCGGUUCCCCAUCAUCGAGAUCGCCCCCGCACGAACAAUCAAGAGGGUGUGGAUUGGGAAGAAAUUCUAUGCUGUAUCCUUGCGCAUCCCGUAGACAUUGCAUGUGGGUAGGACAACAGCCGAUCGAUGAUG